CAUUAAUAUUAAACAAUAAAGCUAUGAAAUGUGGAAAGCUAAAACGAAAUUUUUGGCUUUCUGCCGAAAUAGAGUGUAUGCUAAGCUUAAUAAAAGAGUUAAGAGCGGAACAGACGAGGUCGACAACAACAACUCACUACACUUUUACUCAAAUAGCUAAUAAAAUGAAAAAGCGUGGGUUUCCAAAUAAAUCUCCAACGCAAAUACGAAGGAAGUGGUUUCAGAUGAAGUCUGCAUAUCUUUGCUACAAAAAAGGCAAUGUUGAACGAUUGUUUCUCAUACCUGAAAAGUUCCGCAGUGAUAUUGCACAAUUUGUAGAAGACGGCAACAAAAUUGGCCGGCCACGACAACAGCCUCAACAGAGUGGUGAUUAUAAAAAGGUAAAUACUCCAAUGGAUAACUUUGUGAACCAGUUAAAUCAUAACAAUACUCUUCUAAUUGAGGAUUUCAAUAGCUUACAAGAGUCUUUGAUGCACUAUGAACAUAAAUGUCAGUCCUUGCGAGACUAUAAUAUUAUUAAAUAUAUUAGUACAUAAAAUCAAAAAAAUGUAAUAUAUAUUUUUAUUUUAAAAUUGUCCAUUGUCUAAAUAUAACUAAACUUUAUUUGUUAACACUAUUUUAAAAAUAAAUUAAAA